AUGUCGACAUACUUUGUGCCUCAAUUGGACUACCGCGAUGACGAAGAAAAUCUGAGUCUUGUGGUCAUUGAGAGCGUUGAGACUGAAGCGUGGCGAUUUUACGCGAACUGGGCCGCCCUGCGCGUGGAGAGUCUCCAAAGUCAACGGGUGGGCGUCUCCAGUGGAGACGCCCACCCGUUGAUUUUAGCUCCCUCUAUUGGCGUACAUGGAACAGAUCACCAGCCCCAUUAA